CUUUUCUCACAAUCUCAAUUUCGUAUUAACAAAAUAAGACGCUGGUUCACCGACAAACCUUCCAGCGCCCACGAUCGAGGGCAUUCCGGGCAGUUUCGGCUCGCCCUUCUUCAACGCUCUGCGACGCCCAUUCCUAGUUUUAAGCAACUCGGGCUGUCUUUGUCUUAUUCUGCCUAAUCUGUCAACACCGACCGCUCACGAUGCCUCACCAAGUCUCGCCGCCGCUAAUGGUGGCCAAAUCCGGCGAUGCCCCUCCCCCGCCUUCGCAACAAGAUAUAUCGUCAAUUCUGAAUACCAUUUUCACUGCUAAGACUUCUGCUGCUUCAAUCGAUGCCUGCUAUGGCCUUUGCGAACUACUUCUAAACACUGUCGGUUUUCGUGGUCUCCAUGAAUACGGCAUAGUGGCAGAACUCAAGAAGGCUGCUUCCGACAAGAAGAGUGGUUUGCGACGAGAGAGCGCCCAGAAUCUUCUUGGCGCCCUUUUCGAGAAAUUCCCACCCCGACAGCAAUCAAGCGAAGUCGUUUUCCUCGUUCAAGAUGGCGGUCUAGUAUCAAUUGCCUUAGACGCUUUAGCCGACAAAGGCACGGUGGUUCGUGAUGCUGCGCAAUACGGUCUUGAUGCCCUCUUCGGCUUUUUGAGUCCCGAGGCCAUGGUCGUUGGCUUGUUGCCUGCUCUUGUCGCGUACCUGUCCAAGAAGACUGGAAAGUGGCAGGGCACAGUUGGCGCCUUAAAAUUGAUGCAGAGGAUGGCUGACAAAGCGAAGAUGGAGAUUGGUUGCACGAAAGAGCAGGCUCAGGAGAAGGAUAUUCUCAGAGAAGCUAUGGGAGCAAAGCUCGCUAGUUUGAUCCCCAUAGUCGAAGGCAACAUGCACGAUCUUAAGUCCGAGGUUGAGAAGCAGGCGCUUAUCACGAUGCAGUCCCUUACCACAUUGCUGUCCAACGAUGAUGUCGCUCCUAGGAUUCCUCUCCUUGUCGACACCAUGCAUCAUCCCUCUACCCAGACCCUCCAGAAAGCAAUCCAUGCUCUUUCCCAGACGACCUUUGUUGCCGAAGUGACAUCUCCUGUCCUCGCCCUUCUAACACCCUUCCUCGAGAGAACUCUCAACAACCCCACCACUGCUCAGGAGGUAUUGCGACAGACUGUCGUGAUUACGGAAAACCUGACCAAGCUGGUCCACGAUCCUAUCGAGGCGCGUACAUUCCUACCUAAACUUCAGCCUGGUGUGAAGAGCGUCGUCGGGCGCGCUCCGCUACCCGAGGUGCGAGAGAUAGCGACUAGAGCCUUGGAUGUUAUGGAUAAGGCUAUGGGUAAUGAUAAUGCAGUGGUGGAGAGAUGCUCUGCGGAAGAUGUCGCCAAAGUGCUUGACGCCGAGAUUAAGAAGAACGGAGGAUUGUCAGGUGACCUGGAAUUCUACAAAAUCGCUCGCCCUUACAUCUGCGAGAUGGUGACCGAGGAUGCCAAUCAUCGCCAGGUUGAUCGAAUUCCUGCUAGGAUUGUGCCCUAUUUAAAAGAUUUGAUGCAUCAGCCUGGUGCCAGUGAGGCUGUUGCCUCCAGCGUCCAUGAGUUCUACGUUGCCGAGGACCACCGCAAGUAUGGUGUGCCAGAGAAAGAGGACGACGGCGAGACCGAAAUCGUCAAUGCUGACUUUUCGCUGGCCUAUGGUGGUAUGCUUCUUCUGUCUCAUACCAACCUCCGCUUAUUGAAGGGACACCGAUAUGGCCUUUGUGGUCGUAACGGUGCUGGAAAGUCUACCCUUAUGAAGAGCAUUGCUGGCGGGAAGUUGGAAGGCUUCCCGCCACAGGAUGUCCUUCGCACUUGUUACGUCGAGCAUAACCAAGGAGAAGACGCCGAUAUAAGCAUCUUAGAGUUCAUGGUCAAAGACCCUACAAUCGCAUCCGAAGGCAGGGAGAGAAUCUCUGAGGUGCUUGCUGAGUUCGGAUUUACCGCAGGCCCCGAAGGUAGACAAGCUCAAAAGGUCGGUUCGCUUUCGGGAGGUUGGAAGAUGAAGCUCGCUCUUGCUCGGGCAAUGUUGCAAAAAGCCGAUGUUCUGUUGCUCGACGAACCUACCAAUCACUUGGAUGUUGCCAACAUUGCGUGGUUAGAAAAUUACUUGAAGACUCACACAGAUAUCACUAGUUUGAUUGUUUCUCACGACUCAGGUUUCCUGGAUAAUGUAACGACUGAUAUCUACCAUUACGAACCCGGAAAGAAACUCGGCCAUUUCAAAGGCAAUCUCUCGGACUUCGUCAAGGUCCGCCCAGAAGCCAAGGCUUAUUACACUCUUUCUGCCUCCAAUGUCCAGUUCAAGUUCCCACCUCCGGGUAUUCUGACUGGUGUCAAAUCCCAAACGAGAGCUAUCAUUCGCAUGACUGGAGUUUCUUACCAGUAUCCUAAGGCGCCUAAGCCAUCGCUCAGCGAUGUCUCUUGCCAGCUGUCUCUUUCAUCCCGUGUCGCUGUGAUCGGGCCCAACGGUGCAGGAAAAUCAACUUUGAUCAAGUUGUUGACAGGAGAAGUGAUUCCGACUAGCGGCAAAGUCGAGAAGCACCCUAACCUGCGAAUUGGUUACAUCAAGCAACACGCUCUUGAGCACGUUGAGAUGCAUCUCGAGAAAACGCCCAAUCAAUAUCUACAAUGGCGAUAUGCCAAUGGAGAUGACCGAGAAGUGUUCUUGAAACAAACUCGUAUUCUUUCCGACAAGGAUAAGGAGCAAAUGGACAAGCGAAUUAACCUCAAUGACGGAAAGGGUGAACGGCAAGUCGAGGCUCUUGUCGGUCGCCAGAAGUACAAGAAGACUUUCCAAUAUGAAGUGAAAUGGAGGGCUUGGCUACCAAAGUAUAACUCGCAAGUGUCUCGUGAGACCCUUAUUGAAUGGGGCUUCGACAAACUUGUACAGGAAUUUGACGAUCACGAAGCGUCUCGUGAGGGUCUUGGUUACCGAGAGCUUCAACCGGUCGUCAUCUCUAAGCACUUCGAGGAUCUCGGCCUUGAUCCCGAGAUUGCUAACCACAACGAAAUUGGUAGUUUGUCGGGAGGUCAGAAGGUCAAGGUUGUUAUCGCUGGUGCCAUGUGGAACAACCCACAUCUACUCGUGCUUGACGAACCUACCAACUUCUUGGACCGUGAUUCUCUCGGUGGUCUUGCUGUCGCGAUUCGAGAUUUCAAGGGCGGCGUGGUCAUGAUUUCCCACAAUGAAGAAUUCGUCGGUGCCCUGGCCAGUGAACAAUGGCACAUCAACGAUGGAAAGAUGGUCUUGAAGGGCAAUGCUUCGAUCGCCACAGACCGCUUUGAGGAUAGCAAACCAAACAGCGGUCUUACUAGCGCUAUCACAAGUGGGGUCAAUAGUACAGCCGCUAGCAGCGCCGUGAGCAGUGCUGUGAAUUCCGGUGUUGAAGAUAACUCGCCGCUGAAGUUCAAGUCCAAGAAGAAGAGGAAGAAGACCAAGAAGGAGCUGAAGGAGCAGGAAGUUCGCAGACGACUACGACAUAUCGAAUGGCUCAACAGUCCGAAGGGUACUCCACACCCUCCCGACACCGAUGACGAAGAGUAAUGGCAUUUCACUCUUUUCCCGCACGACACUUUACCUGAGUUUGGCACGCAUUUCUUUCUAGCAGGUGGUGGUUUUCUUUUCCUUCCGGGCUUGGCUCCCGUAGAUGAGGUCGUCCAUAGAAUCGGGGACGAAUUGGAAAUUGGCAUUUUAAUCGACCGCACAAUAGAAGGUCUCACAGGCGUUAAUUUAGACGGACGGAUGGCAUGAUAGAACGAGGAUACUUAGUAUUCGCGCGGCUUGCUAGAAGCUAGUAGAUGAAUGAACAGUAUUAUACAGA